AUGAGUCAAUCAUGCGAAGCCACGCGGCGGAGGCCCACAAGACUUGACUACAACGUGACGCAGGUUCAGGUCCUUUGCUGUGAACGCUACGAUCGCCGCCAUGAAUCCUUUGCUGCUAUCGCGGCCUCUCCUCUCGUGGUGCCUUCUGGCCAUCCUUUUCACGGCGACCAGCGGGUGCCUUUCCCACGAGCGGGCGGCGCUCCUCGCAUUCAGAGCCGGAAUGAACUACAGCCUCACUCUCCGUGCACGGCUCUCUUCUUGGGUCCUCCUGCUCACGGCGAUUGCUGCAGUUGGCCGGGAGUCAUCUGCCACCCCACCACCGGCCAUGUGAUCAAGCUGAAGCUGAGGAAUUCCAGUCCGCCACCGGAUGAUCCUCCCGCAGCAUACGACUACAAUGCCUCUCCGCAGCAGGUUCUCGAGAUCAACUCGUCGUUGCUUGCUUUAACUGAGUUGAAGUACUUGGACCUCAGCUCCCAUGAUUUCCACGGAGUCCUCUUCCCGCAAUUCAUAGGCUCUUUUAAGGAACUGAGAUACCUCAACCUUUCUUCCUCGUACUUCACCGGAGGAAUUCCUCCUCAGAUAGGGAACCUCUCACGCCUCCGCUACCUUGAUCUCCAAUUUGCUUUGGACUCGCAUGUUGACACUCUCGAUUGGCUCACUCAAUUCUCUUCUCUCCAACACCUGGACCUCAGCGGCUUGGACUUGGCCCUCACCAAUGUGGCGUCUACUCUUUCGGCUAGCCUUAAGGUGCUGCGAAUGUCAGAGUGUGGGAUUAAUAGCUUCCCGAUUUCUUCCAGCCUUGCUGAUAACAUCACCUCUCUUAUCAUAUUUGAUCUGUCUGGUAAUCCCUCCCUCAUCUCUGUUUUGCCAGAGUGGCUCUGGAAUCUUAGUAGCCUCGCACACCUUGAUCUUAGUUAUUGUGCCUUUCGUGGUGGUAUUCCUGAUGCAAUUGGGGGGCUGCCCUCUCUCACUCACCUGGAUUUAUCAUUCAACCGUGAGCUCGAGGGUUCUAUUCCUGGUUCUAUGGCACAACUACGGAGAUUGGAGGAGUUGAGUCUGGGAGGUAAUCAACUGACAGGUAACUUUCCCAGUUGGAUUCAGCAAUUGACGAGUCUCACUACUCUUGAUCUGCAUGAGAAUUUACUUCAUGGUUUCAUACCUGGAAGUUUAGGAAAGCUUGGCAAUCUCACCGAAUUAGACCUUGGCGGCAAUUCCUUCCAAGGUGCCCUGUCGCUGGUCCACUUAGAUAAUCUAACAAAGUUGGAACUGCUAGAUUUGUCUUCCAACUCCCUUAAUAUAUCAGUCCACAAGAAUUGGAUUCCUCCGUUUCAACUUGAAGUUGCUGGAUUCGGAAAUUGUGAUUUGGGACCUUCUUUUCCACCAUGGCUACGACAUCAAACUCGUAUUAAGUUAUUAGAUUUGUCUGGAAAUGAGAUUGCAGGAGUUCUUCCUGAUUGGGUGUGGAAUAUUUCUCAGUUUUCUAUUGAUGAUUUGGAGCUCUCCGACAACAAUAUACAAGGCAAGCUGCCCAAUUUUCCAGAGCAUACCCAUUUAAAUAUGUUAAGAUUGGUUGACAAUCUAUUAGAAGGUCCAUUGCCGGACAAAUUACCAGUCGAACUCUCAACUUUGGUGCUCGACGGAAAUCACUUCUCAGGCCAAUUGCCAGUAUGGCCAUACGUUGGCUCUGUCUCACUUUCCAACAAUAAGUUUAGUGGAGCCAUAUCUUCGUCAGUCUGUCAAUGGACGAUGCUCUCUUUUCUUGAUCUUUCAAGCAACGAGUUUUCAGGUGAAAUUCCUCAUUGUUUGGGGGAGUCCCUCUAUGGCCUGGAGAUACUAAACUUGGACAACAACCUUCUUUCCGGAGAAAUUCCGACCACGAUAGGUUUUCUAACAUCCCUAGGAAUACUGCGAUUGAGUAGCAAUGGUCUCUCAGGCGGCAUUUCUCCAUCAUUGCAGAAAUGUUCCGAGUUAGUGCUACUUGAUCUCUCCAACAAUAAUUUCUCAGGGAGCAUACCGACAUGGAUGGGAGAAACAUUAUCAUCACUAGCAUUUCUCAUACUCGGUUCCAACCAUCUCUCCGGUUACAUCCCUCAGCAACUAGCACAUUCCGGAAAACUUCAAAUGUUGGGUCUCUCACACAACAAUUUGUCAGGAACCAUACCUCCCAACAUUUGGAACUUCAGUGCCAUGGCAUCAACGUCUCAAGUUCGGAAUGAAGAACUGGAGUACCUCGAAGUAGAACUAGAAAUGAAGGGCCAAAUGUUCUACUAUUCAUACAUUUCUGACCUUAUCAGAAGUAUUGAUCUUUCAUGCAACAACUUAGUCGGAGAGAUCCCUGAAGGAGUUGGAUAUCUUGCAGGGCUAAUUAAUUUGAACUUAUCCAUGAAUCACCUGAACGGGAGCAUUCCUCAAGAAAUUGGAAGGAUGGAGUCGCUAGAAUCUCUUGAUCUGUCCAACAAUGAACUUUCAGGCAACAUACCAGAGAGCCUUCCAUCAUUGCACUUCUUGAGCCAUUUAAAUCUGUCAUACAACAAUCUGUCAGGAAGGAUACCAUUUCUUCAGCAACUCCAAUCUCUCGACGAUCCAUCCAUCUAUGCAGGAAAUCCUGGAUUGUGUGGGCCGCCAAUUUCAAAGCUUUGUUCCAACACUAAAGUAAACCAGAGUGGUGAGCCACAUGAGACUAAUGCACACGAAGAAGGAUCUGAGUGGCUGUGGAUUUGGAUCAGCAUCGUGCUCGGACUUGUAAUGGGAUUUUGGACCUUCUGUGGCAUCCUCUUCUUCAAUAAGAAAUGGAGGUACGGAUAUUUUCAUAUGGUGGAUAGUUUGCAUGAUGGAGUCUUACUGCGAUUGGAGUUAUUACUUGCUCGUUUGCGCCGUCGAGAUUAA